GUAAAAAAAAUGGAAAAUGGCGCGUUCUAUCUAGAUGAGAAAAUGGAAAAUGGAAAGGCGCAGCGACAUGGGGCAGUCUAUUUAUUGGUACGAAAUAAAGCGCAUAAACCAUCGCAAACCGUAAUUGUGUUAGUCGUACACCUCGUAGCAAAACACCUCUGAAACACCCCACAGUUGAAGCCCGACGACGCCAAUCAAUGCAGUCUGUGUGUCUGACUGUGUGUGUACGCAAAAGGAGUUGAGAUGCAUGAAAAGUAUAAAAAGGAGCAUUCAAAUAGGACUCGCAUAACGCAAAAAAAGAAAAGAGUUUAAUCAGUACCACUAAAGCGACAAAGAGAGAAAAGGAAAAAGAGGUAGAGAGAGAGAGAGAUUAAGGCAAACAAUCAGCAAUCAGAAAUAGAACGAAAACAUAUUUACAACAACAAAUUAAAAAAAAGCUCUAUUUCUACAUGCAUAAUGCUAUCAAACGCUACCGCAUAACACACACCCUACACAAACCUACACAAACCUAUGGACAUUAAUACACGCGCACACACAAGUACACCUAAUUAUAAUUAGUGAGAUAGAAGGCGAAAGAUGGCACGACAGACAGCUCACGAUAAACACAUUCAACGCACCAGUGUCGAAGACUAUAAGGCUGGAGUUGAAGAAAACAAGUAGAGACAAGCCGGCACACAUUGACGUGUAUGCAAUUGCAAUAGAAUCAGCAACUAAAAUCACGAAAGAGUUCAAUCCUGUCGUCCAAACAACCCGCUAGUUGGGUGAAAAGCUGUAGCAAAACAAACACAAAUAAAACAUAAAUACUAACAAUGCAAUUUGAUAGAUUACCGUUUACUUCACUAGAGAGCUGACCUGACAAAGCUUGUGUGUGUCUGUUUGUGUGUGUGACGAAAUGUAAUAAACCAGAGUAUGUAAAUGUAAUCAAACAAAAACUGAUUCUGGACAAUCAGCCUGAACAAAUGGAGUCAGUGUUAGGUCCUCGAUUAUCUUCUUACAAUUAUUUUACGUUAAAAACAGGAUUAAUUCCCACAACCUUAAAGGCAUACAUAGAUCAACUUGGCCCUUUAAUUACAAACCUUCUUGUUUAAGUCAGUUAAAUUACUAUCUUAUUUAAAUAAUGCAUCCAUUUUUCCCUUUCUAUCGGGCACUCAAAAGCGACCUGAGUCAGGCACUAUUCUUUGCCGCACCCAAAUAAUAAGCUCCCGACAACACUCUCUCUUUAAAUUACCACCACUCCCACAAAUUAACACUCAAAUUACCAUCCAAAUGGUGGGUUUGUGUGUGUUGGGUGGCCAUCUUCACUGCCUUCCGGCGAAGUAUACACAGUGCAAAUUGUGUCAUUAAAUUGGUUCAAAUAUCAAACGCGAGCCAAUGGACACGCAAAAUGUGGCCAACCAACCACCCAGAUGGAAGUUAUUAAUUAUUGCUUUUGCCUUACACUUUACUUUACGCCCCGGCCUUUAAUAGCAGCCCAGGGGUGUGCGCAACAUGUUUUAAUGAUGGACGCCUUUAAGAGACGAAAAACGAUAAUUUGGAUACAUUUCUUUCCCUUUAUUGGUGGAAGAAUAAAAACACUUCCAUAUGCCAGCCCUCUGUUGUACAUUUGGUUUACUCCACACUCAGACAUAGUGGACCUUGAAUGCUCCGAUAGCCCCAAAAACACUCAAAAUAGAUAUUGUAAUAACAGCAACAGAAUAAAUCCAAAUUUUCUACCCCAUUUACUGACAACUAUUUACCGAAAAUUUUGCUAUUAUUUUGGUAGAUUUUUUAAAACAACAUUUGUUUGAUACAACCGUAUAUUCUACCACCAACCGUGCUAGAGAACGAGGGUGAAGAAAACAAUACAUUUAAUCGAAUCAUUUCGACCGUAUACCGUAUUUCCAAACUAAACAGAACACACCCUGCCUGCCUACCGUUACAAUAAAGGUAUUUCUUUUUACAGUGAUAAGUAAACAAAUCACCCACUACUGACAGUAAAAAUAUAUCCUUCGGGACGUUUUGUAUAGCCCACAGACUUAGGGUUGCGUAGUAGGAUGUAGUUGUAAAACAACUAGGCUUGUAACAAAAACAGAAGAAGCGUACUGCAACAGCAAUACAAUAAAACUAACUGCAAACGAAUCGAGACACAUUGAAUUGAGCCGUGAAAUGGGAAGCGUGAAGGGGAGAAGCAUUGAGAUUUCCCUUAGAAAAAUGAAGCUUAAAUGGAGUUAAAAGAGGAAGAAAUAUUCACUUUACGAACGGCCUUCUAAUCUAGUGGAACUCUGUAUUUAAAAGCAAAUCACUACUAUCACACUGCAGCUUCCAACACACAGCAAGGUAGUAAAUCGUCAGCCAGGAAGUAAGGAAUUGUCAGUGUACGGCUCCAGACCCAAAA